GACCACUUCUCUUCGAGACCACUUAUCUCGAGACCGGACCACUUAUCUCAAGACCGGACCACUUAUCUCGAGACCGGACCACUUAUCUCAAGACCGGACCACUUAUCUCAAGACCAGACCACUUAUCUUGGGACCACUUCUUUCGAGACCACUUAUCUUGAAGGAGUUAUGUACCCAUAACCCCCUCCAGACAGGACUUAUGCUAUGCCAUUAUGCCAGUCCUGGUCCCUAACAGGCCGACUCAGCAACCCCUCUACCAUGAACCACAAUCAACUGGCCUCCCUCAGAACAUUGACUGUCCUCUUUCAUCUGACCCUCUACCAGCAGAGGAGACUCCUCCACCUGCUUACAGUGAAGUUCCCCCAGUUGAUAGUCCAGCUGAUCCUCAGAGUGUCUACUCUGGUGUUGGCUCUCCUAUCAUGUCUCCAUUAUCAGCUGCUUCCAACACUUCAGUUAAUCCAAUUGGAUCACCGGCUCAGUCAGGUGAGGCUGGCACAGAGUAGUGGGAGGAGACAAAGAAUUCUUUCAUUAUGAACCUGCAUAUUUCGUAUACCUUUAUCAUUAUUAAAUAAUUACCUGUAAUCCCUCCCACCUAUACUGGUAUGUACAAGGUCUUGCAUGAAGAUAUUCACCUCUUGGCUUCUCGUUUAAAUUAUCAUGUCUCCUACAUCUACCCCUCCAUUGCAUGCCUACUUAACCUCUCCUUCU